AUGGCUCCCGCCUCCACUACCGCUCAGCGAUCCCACGCCAAGGCCAAGCGACAGACUUCCCAGGCCUCGAGCACUCGCCAGCCUGAAUCGGAAAGCCCAGCGUCUGAAGUCAAUGGUGCUGAGCCCACAUACCUUAAGGAGCUUCAGAAGAGCUUGCGCAAUGCUGUCAAGAAACUGAACGCUACCGCAAAGACCGAUGCGAUCAUCGCUGAGAACUCAGGGAAAUCACUGGAUGACCUGGUCAACGAAAAGAAAAUCAAUGCCGACCAAAAGGCGCAGGUGCUGAAGAAGCCUACUCUGCAGGCCUCGAUCACCCAGCUCGAGGAACAGAUCGGCCACUACAAGCAGUUUGCGGCUCAAUACGAGGCGCGCAUUGAGAGCCAAAAGGCUACUUUGGAGAAGACUCACCAGGAGGAGUUGGAAGCAGUGCGCGCCAAUGCCAUCGCCGACGCUACCGAGAGCUCUUCUCGUGUCCUGCGUGAGCAGCUGCUCACUCUCACCAAGUUCUUGUGCGCUGCAGCCAACAUGCGUCACUCGGGCGAGACCGAGUCUCUUGAAAGCCAAGCCUUCGAGGGUGUUUUGUUCCAGGUAUACGGUGGUAACAAGAAGGCUGUUGACUCAAUGGUCAAGCUGGUGAAUGGCGCGAGCGAGAAGGUGAUUGGUGUUGAGGGUGAAGCUUUGGAGCUGACCUAUGGCGAUGUGAAAGUCGCGUCCAACAAGUUUGCCCCCGCCGAAGAGACCGAAGUCGCCAGCGAGCCCGUUGCUGAGUCUGACCCCACCGUCGCCAACGCUGGCCUGACCGAGGUUCAAGACCCCCCUAUGAAUGCGGAAUCCGCCAAUGCUCAGACUGCGAGCGCUUCCGUCCAGGCCGACCAGAUCGCUCCUCCUGCACAGACCUUGACUUCGGAUGCUGCAAACCAGGUUGCCGAUACAUACAGCCAAGGCGCCUCCGCGGUUGGUGAUGGUUGGGUCGAGGUGCCCCGUGAUCCUGCCGAGACUGAGACCGGUUUGAACGCGACCCCUGCCGCCGUGGAUAACACUUCUGCUACCUCCGCCUCUGCUGCUACCCCUGCCGAGGGUGCUGCGGUCCCCGCCAAGGGACAGCAUGAGGGUCGCGGUGGCCGUGGUGGCCGUGGCUAUCGUCGCCCCCGUGGUGGUGAUGGAGCUCGGGGUCGUGGUGGACGAGGCGAAUACCGUGGCCGUGGCCGUGGAGGCCGUGGUCGUGGUCAGGCUGGUGGUGCUCCCGUCGCGGCUGCCACGCCUCGGGAAUAA